AGUAUUCGUAGGCGCCUUUUUCAUAGGUUCAGCCUAGACCCUUAAAAAUGCAGUCGACCAUGCUCCGUGCAGCCUCCGCUGUCCGCGCCUUCCAGCCGGCGAAGCCCACCUUCGCGCCGGUGAGCCGCCCGGCCGUGGAGCGUGGCGCGCUGGUGGUCAUGGCUGCUGAGGGCAAGGAUGCCCAGAAGAAGAAGAUGCCCAGCCCGGUGAAGCGUGCCCUGCUGAGCGAGGAGCGCCGCGUCUAUAACAAGUCGCACAAGUCGGCCUGCGCCACCCGCGUGAAGAAGGUUGUCAAGCUUGCUGAGACGCUGGUCGCUGCUCCCUCCAAGACUGAGGAGGAGGUGAAGAACCUGGAGAAGCUGAUUUCGGAGGCUUACACGGAGAUUGACAAGGCGGUCGUGAAGGGCAUCCUUCAUGAGAACACCGCCGCGCGCAAGAAGGCUCGUUGCGCUCGCUGGAAGAAGACCGUGCUGAUGGCGGCUGGCCUGUACAAGCCUGCUGCUGACAGCCCAGACUUCGCCCGGUACCAGAAGCUGGUGAAGGCGUGAGCGCCCUGGGCUUUCGCAGAGCAGGAGGCUGUGGCUCUGGCCUGGCAUUGCGCUGGAGCAGGAGCGGCUGCAGGAGCAGGAGCAGCAAAUGUUGCUGAAAGGGUGGAGGGAGCGGGGGAACGCCCGGCAGCGCUGGGGGUAACGGAGGCUUGGAGCUGUAUGAGCGGGUUGGGUCGGCCGGCGAGCAGGACGAUGACGGCUUGGCGUUUUUACCUCUUUGCCAAACGUCUAUGGUGGAAGCUGAUGGACGCGCUCGGAGCCGUGCUUUUGCACCUCAAUUUGAGGUAAAAGCUGGAGGUAGAUGGUUCCAGGGUCAGGAGAGGCGUGGUUAGGCAGCCGGAGUAGAGACAGUGGCAGUGGGCAUGGCCCGGCUGUCGCCACAGAUACAUGCAUGCUGAACGGGCUGCAGCAUGGAUAGGUAUAACGGGGUUCAGCUGUGUCCCCAGCGUGUUACACAGCCUGUUGUGCGGGCAUGAGACGACGUUAAGUCGAGGUCGGAAGGUUGCGUAUGCGUUCUGCUCACGCUACGUGUAAAUGGUCAAAGAGUACAGUCAUGUUGCGGUCACGCCCCUUGCGCUUGCGCUACAUGAAACCAACCGCCAGGUUUGUAUCCCGUCAGAAGUUCCAAGAGGCAAGGGAAUCGCCAGCCAUAUCAGUAUACCAGUAUCCUUGCCGCCUGCAAGCCCACUCCGCUUUCCGCUGUGGCCUACGUACGCAUUAGUUCCGCAACGCACGUCGAUAUCCUUGCAGGCCAUGCCUGUCGUCCAGCACCCGCUUUUGGAUCUGCAGGGCCUUUCCGCACACGUCUAUGAGAGCACACCAGCCGCCUACUUGAUUAGAUUCACUUGCACCUUCAUGGCUUGGGGGCCAGCGGCACGGGUGCACCAUGUAGUACGGUAACGGCCAUCGAACACCCCUAUCCCGCACUGCCAAACCUGCUACCGGCCGCCAUUCGCAUACACUUUCGCAGCCUCAAACGCAAUGUGCAGAUCCGGCUGCGCCAGGGUGUUAGGUUGCAGCGGCCGGCGCCCCCGGGGCGCCCUUCUUGGCGGGCACCAGGAACGUCUCCAGCUGCUGCUUCAGCUGCUUGGCGUAGUUCUCCAGGUAGGCCACCUCGUCCUUGUGCUUCUUGGCCUCCACCUCGCGCCGCUCACUCUCACGCUUCUCAAUGGCCUCGCACUUGAACUUCCACUCUUGCACCUGUGAUGUUUUGAACGGCAAGGG